AUGCAGCCGCUUCUCCCACUGGUGAUCUCAGAAAACCAGUCCACUUUUGUCCAGGGAAGAGCCAUAUCGGAUAACGUUCUCAUUACACACGAAGUCCUCUACUAUCUCAAGACGUCCAAGGCGAAAAAGCGAAUCUCAAUGGCGGUGAAAACUGACAUGAGCAAGGCUUAUGAUAGACUUGAGUGGGAAUUCAUACAGAGAGUGCUGUUGCGGUUGGGGUUCCACGCAACAUGGGUGCAAUGGAUCAUGGCCUGUAUUACUUCUGUUACUUACGCCUUCCUCAUCAACGGCUCGUAUAGAGGAAGAGUUAAACCGAGUAGGGUAAUCCGCCAAGGAGACCCGCUAUCACCUUACAUAUUCAUUAUAUGUAGUGAAGUUCUCUCGGGGCUAUGUAACAAAGCUCAAUCACAAGGCAUAUUAGAAGGCAUCAAGGUGGCAAAAGGAUGUCCUCGCAUCAACCACCUCCUCUUCGCCGAUGAUACGAUGUUCUUCGUCAAGUACGAACUAGCCUCAGGCCAAACGAUAAAUGCCAACAAGUCUUCGGUUACUUUCUCGGCCAAAACCCCAUACGCUUUCAAGACGAUCAUCAAGGAGAAGCUCCAAAUCCAAAGAGAAGGCGGUGUUGGGAAGUACCUCGGACUACCAGAGCAAUUCGGACUACGGAAAAAAGAUUUGUUUGCGUCCAUAGUUGAGAGGAUCAAACAGAAAGCAAAGGGGUGGUCGAAUCGUUUCCUAUCAACUGCCGGAAAGCUCACGAUGCUGAAGAGCGUGCUUACUCUGGUUCCGUCCUUUGCGAUGACAUGUUUCAAACUUCCUCAAUCUCUAUGCAAAAGAAUCCAAUCUGCACUCACGAGGUUCUUUUGGGACGGUAAGGAUGAAACCCGCAAAAUGGCAUGGGUCUCGUGGUCGACGAUGACCAAACACGCAGCGCAAGGGGGCUUAGGACUCCGAGACAUACAAUGCUACAACGAUGCUUUCCUAGCUAAACUGAGCUGGCGACUUACCCAACACCCAAAAAGCCUCAUGGGGCGGGUCCUUCUGGGUAAGUAUUGCACCACAGAGAGCUUCUUAGACGUUGCAGACAAAACUACUGAAUUUCAUGGAUGGCGUGGAAUUUUGAUUGGCCGGGAUCUGUUAAAGACAAGCACUGGAUGGGCAGUGGACGACGGUAGCUCAAUUGAGGUCUGGAAUGAGGACUGGUUGAGCUCUACCCAACAACUCCGACCGAUGGGACCGGCUACGGAACAACUGAGAGGGCUGAAAGUUGCGGAGCUUAUCGACCAAAAUAGAGGGGAUUGGGACAGAGAAAAGAUCCAGAACAUCAUCCCCCACUGCGAAGAGCAAAUCCUAAACAUCAAACUCAGCAAAGAGGGCGUACCAGAUAAGAUCAUCUGGCUCAAAAACAUCACAUGGGAUUAUACAACAAAGUCUCGGUACUGGACAGCCGUUGAACUUAUGGAGCGAAACGCGGGAACCCCUCAACAGAUGAAUUUCGACUGGACAAAAGGGGUUUGGAAACUUCAUGUGGCACCAAAGAUCAAACUCUUCUUAUGGAAGACCUUCCAAGGCGCCUUACCAGUGGGAGAACGGCUCGCGGCCAGGAACAUUGCAGUCGACACAAAGUGCAAGAGAUGUGGCCAAACUGAAUCUAUCCAUCAUCUAUUUUUUCAAUGUGAGUUUGCAAAGAGAGUGUGGGAUUUUGCUCCUUUCACCUCACCUAUGGAUAGCAGCGGAUUGAUAGAUUUAGCUAUUAACUGGCUGAACCUGGUGGAUUUAAAAUGCUUACCCCCGACCGGGAUUCCGUCGGAGGGACUCACACCUUGGAUUAUGUGGUCGAUCUGGAUUGCAAGAAACAACCUUCUGUUUAACCAGAAGGCCUCCUCGCCGGAAGAUGUGAUAUCCCGAGCAAUCUCCUCUGCGCGGGAAUGGCUGGAAGCUCAAGAACCACCUACGAAAGGGCAAGGACAACACGUUGAAGUAGAGCUACCACUGACGAAUUGCUACAAGGUUCAGACAGAUGCAGCAUGGCGAGAAGACUUAAGAGGCGCAGGACUAGGCUGGACUAUCACCAAAAAUGCGGAACGCUCAGACUUUGGAGCUCACUGCUUCUAUGUCUCAUCACCUCUGAUCGCCGAAGCACUCGCGCUAAGGGAAGCUCUAUGCAAAUGCAAGGAACUGAACCUGCAACGCUUUAUCUGUGAAACUGACUCAACGCAGCUGAUAUAA